AUGGUUUUCAACUGCACCGAAGUGCCUGCGUCGACGCAGACCGACGCGGGCGUCGCAGGCGCAGGCACACUUCUUUCUUUCAUUAUCACAAACUUCAUCUCUUUCCUACUAUCUGGCACCAUCAUUCUACUCGGCCUGCGAAAGUCGACAUCCGCGCCAAUUGCCCGCAAACUCCUCCAGUCCUUCUCCGAUCAACAGAUCCUCACUGGCAUCGGCAUCCAGAGCGUCGGCCUAGCCAAGAUGAAGACAAUGGUCCCAUACCACUUCUUCAUCAUCUGGCUCCUCUCACUACUAUCCACGGCAACGAACCUCGUAACCCUCCUGGCCCUGGUUAACGACUUCAAGCGAGAUUGGGUGCUCCGGUGGAUCCGGCAGAUCCUCAUGGCCAUCAACAUGUUCCUCGGCAUCCUCUCGGGUAUUUUCAUCCUGCAGACUGUGUUGAAGAAUCUGGAGCCCAGGCUGCCUAUUGCGUGUGUCUGGGAGGUCGAAGGUCGCGGCAAGUCGAGCAAUGCUGCGACGUCCGUUGCUGGCACUAUCGCUGUUAUCGCGGGCCAGGUCAUUGUCUUCAUCUUAUCGACUCUGUACUUGCAUGCACGCCAGUAUCCCAAGUGGAUGAAGGCCGUGCAAGUCGUCUGCCUGAUCGCCCUGCUCGCCAUGGGUACCGGCGCCACCGUACGCGUCGUCAUGGAGUCUCAAGCAUUCGGAUCGCCGCCUGAAUCUGUGAAUCUUGUGGGCCCUAGUGAAGGCAAAUGGAGCUUUGGACAGCUCGUGCCUUUGUUGUUGUUGGCCCUGCCUAUUAUCAGCACGGUGGAAAUCAUGCGUGGCGAGACGCGGACGCCACCAAGCCGCGUUGAUGAAGACAGCCAGCCACUUUUCGCUGGCGGUAAUGAUAUGGAGUUUCAGUUCCAGCCGAAUCCGAUGCUGGGGAGCAACAGCAAUUUGUUUAGGAAAUAG